CCUCACAGAGAGCUUUGGCUGGCUCCACCAUAUAGUUCAAGAAAGUGAUAUUGCAUACCACGGAGUCCAAAAGAAGUCUGACUCUUAUUGUGUGGAUUAUGAAUGUUUUAUUCACACUACUAAAUUAAUGCAGUCGAGCCUGUCGAUUACAGAAAAACAAAAUCUUCUUAGCUAGAUAAAUACACAUAUACCCAAUUUCUGUUGAAAUAUUGAUUUUGCCGUAGGAACUACAGUAAAAUGAUGGAUUUCAACGCUUUACAAGUUGUCGUGGCUUUCUACACGUGCGUGUGUCUUACGUGUGGUAGUACUACCCAUCAGCAUGGGAGUGACAACACAUCCAUGUCAACAAAUCCCGGUCCAACCGUAGAACUACCAGUUAAUAACAGAACCGAACAUUCUCUGAAAACAACCAAACCUACCUCUCCCUCUACAACCUCUUUAGCAGGUGUAGAGAACGCCACCCCCAGCGCCGCCAACACCACCACCACCCCCAGCGCCAACACCACCACCACCACCACCAACAGCACUGCCACUACUAGCCCCCCCAACUCUCCCUCUGGCCCCUCCUUCCACAUGGGGAGUUUCCUGGGAGGUAUGGUGCUGGCAUUCCUCAUAACCAUGGCUGUGAUAACAGGCUAUAACCUGUCCUGCCUCAGACGUGAUGUCCGCUACCAUACACUGGCUGAGGAGCAUGACGCUAUUAUCUGAGAUGGGCGCUGAAGAGGAAGGUGGAUGAUCUUAACCUAUGGGAAAGGGGGCGUGGACUUUUAACGUCUGAUUCAAAGUGUACAGUAAUUUAUGAUGAAUUUAAUCUCUUAUGACACUGAAUUUCAGAACUACGGUCGGAAUCCAGACUUUGCUUUUCGCCUAGAUCCCGCAAAAGCUUUCCGUAUUGAGGAACUCACUUUCCACGAGAAACAUCCCAGAACGGACUAUAAAACUAUAUAAUGCAAACAGGACUAUAAAAGACAAUAAUAUAUAAAGAGGACUAUUAGAAACUUCCCAGAAGUUAAAAGGACUUUUUAAAUCUCUAAUAUGCCAAAGGGACAAUUUGAAACUUUCCAGAUGUUAAAGGGACUGUUUAAAACUGUCCCAGUUUUUAAAGAACUAUGAAAUCCUCCAGUUGUUGAAUGAUGUAUAUAUGAAGUGGUUCCACUUCCUGAUCAGGGAGUAAUACAGCAUUAAAACCUGUAAGGUUUUCUUGAAGUGCAGCUAAGAGUAAUGCAUGAUUUCCCCAUUUAGUUCACCGCUGUUUAAAAGCAAUGCCUUGAAAGGGAAUAUGGUGCGGUUUGGGACAUAUUUGAUCACUUUGUUUAUAUUAUAUUUCAUGUUUCUGAAA